AUGAACUCGCGAAAACUUUCAUUAAACCAAUUUCCAGAAUCUCUAGGAGAACGAAUAAUUUUAAAUGUAGGCGGUGUUAAGUAUGAAACAUAUAGAUCAACUUUAACGGCAUAUCCAACAACUUUACUUGGUAUAAUGUUUCAAGAACGCAAUAAAGCAUUAUUGCACCCUACAAAUGGAAAUGAAUAUUUUAUUGAUAGGGAUGGUGAAUUAUUUCGUUAUAUUUUGCAAUUUUACCGUAAAAAUAAAAUUAUGUGGCCAGAACCUGGCUCCGAAUAUUUUUCUAGAGAAGAAUUAGAAGAAGAAUUUGAUUAUUUUCAAAUUCCCCAAACACCACAACAUUCUCAAAAUGAUAAUGUAUUAGCCUCGAUGUCAUCCACCAAAACUUCGCCGAUUGCAAAAUUGGUUUCAAACAAAUUAGAUAAUUUUAUAUUAAUAUUAAAACAAUCAAUAGUAGAAAUCUGUACAACUUUAUCUGAAAUAAAUGUAGAAAAAUUUAAUACUAUAUUUACGAUAACAUUUUCUCAAGAAACUUCAAUAUCAAAUGGUAUAACUUCUCUUAAUUUAAAACCAAAACCCAUGAACAAUCACGACAAUUUAAGUAAAACGUUAUUAAAAUGGUUAUCACCCUUCGGUAAAAUAGGAUAUUUUCUUUUAGAUAAAUUUGGGGAAGAAAUUGGUGAAUACUUACAUCAAUUAUACCCGAAGUUUCCUGGGAAUUAA